AUGAACGCUGAAAAGAUUGAAGACAAACACAACAGUGAACUCGAAGUGUAUGCCGUGUCAUCUACUUCAGAGGUUGAGUCUGAAACCGGCCUUAAGAAGGGCCUUAAAUCAAGACACAUUGGUAUGAUUGCAAUUGGCGGGAUAAUUGGACCAGGAUUAAUUAGUUCUCUAGGAAUAUAUAUUCAGAGCGGUGGUCAAGCUGCUUUACUUAUCGGAUACGUUGUGGUUGGAAUCUUGGCAUUUUGUUGUAUGCAAGCAGUUGGAGAAAUGACCACCAUGUUUCCAGGUGGAGGGUUUUCUUUGCAUGCAAAUAGAUUUUGUAGCAAAUCAUUCGCAGAUAUCAUUAGUCUCAACUAUUAUAUUGCUUGGGUUUGUGUGGCUGCAAGCGAGUAUAAUACGCUAUCAUCGAUAAUGACAUUUUACACAGAAAAUGUUCCUAUUUAUGGUUGGAUUCUAAUAUUCUGGGUCUUUUUCCUUUCUUUCCAAUUACUUGGUGUCGAUUCCUAUGGAGAGGCAGAAUAUUGGCUAGCAUUAGUAAAAAUCAUUGGACUAACAGCAUUUUAUAUUUUUGCUCUAAUCUAUAUGUGUGGUGGUGUUAAAGGGACUCCCGCCUUCGGGUUUCAAUAUUGGAAGAAUCCUGGUGCUAUUACCCAUGGGUUCAAGGGUGUCGCUACUGUUUUCAUUAUGUGCUCCUCUUCAUAUGUAGGAAUUGAAGCGAUUGCUAUCACUGCUGCAGAAACUAAAAACCCAACAAAGUCUAUUCCCUCUGCAAUUAAAAAAACACUUAUUCGAAUCGUCUACAUUUACGUCUGCUUGGCAUUCUUUUAUGGAGUUACAGUUUCUUCAAAUGAUCCUAUGCUAAAUAACAAGGAUCGUGCUUUAAAGUCUCCAAUGACCAUUGCAAUUGUUAAUGCAGGUUGGACAAAUGCAGGCUACUUGGUUAAUACUUUUAUUUUAAUCUGUGGGUUAUCUGCAAUCAAUAGUAGCUUGUACAUUGCAAGUAGGACCUUACUACAAUUAGCAAGAGAUGGUAUUGCUCCUAAAAUAUUUUCAAAGACAAGCAGGCGAGGGGUUCCAGUUGCAGCUGUUCUUGCGACAAAUGCUCUUGCUCUCAUUUCCUUGAUGAAUGUAUCUGUUGGAGCCUCCGUUGUUUACGGGUACAUUACAAAUCUAUCUGGUGUAUCAACAUUUUUAGUAUGGGCAGGAAUAUCUCUCACCCACAUUAGAUUUAGACAAGGCUGGAUUAAACAGGGGAAAAGUUUGGAUGAAUUAAUCUUCCGGGAUCGCUUUUAUCCAUAUACGUCAUACCUUGGGUUGUUUGGAAACAUAUUCUUUGCACUUGUCCAAGGAUGGAGUACAAUUUACCCUUUCAGAGCAUCAAACUUCGUUGUGGCUUAUAUUUUGAUCCCUGUCAGUAUACUUGCAUAUAUUAUUCUUAAAAUCAAAUUCAAAACAAAGUUUAUAAAGCUUGACGAUAUGGACUUUGAAGAAGGACGAUCGGCUGUUAUUGAAAGUGCUCUGAGUGAUCAAGUUGUUAAAUCCAGAGGCCUUGGUUUCUGA